AUGGCCCUGGGGACGAUGCUCAAGGCUCCUCUCCUGCUCCUGGGGCUGCUGACUGAAGGCCUGGCGCAGUUGGCGAUUCCUGCCUCCGUCCCCCGGGGCUUCUGGGCCCUGCCUGAAAACCUGACAGUGGUGGAGGGGGCCUCGGUGGAGCUACGGUGUGGGGUCAGCACCCCUGGCAGUGCGGUGCAAUGGGCCAAAGAUGGGCUGCUCCUGGGCCCCGACCCCAGGAUCCCAGGCUUCCCAAGGUACCGCCUGGAAGGGGACCCUGCUAGAGGUGAAUUCCACCUACACAUCGAGGCCUGUGACCUCAGCGAUGACGCGGAGUAUGAGUGCCAGGUCGGCCGCUCCGAGAUGGGGCCAGAGCUCGUGUCUCCCAGAGUGAUCCUCUCCGUCCUGGUUCCUCCCAAGCUGCUCUACCUGACCCCGGAGGCAGGCACCGUGGUCACCUGGGUAGCUGGGCAAGAGUACGUGGUCAGCUGUUUGUCUGGGGACGCGAAGCCAGCACCUGACAUCACCAUUCUCCUGAGUGGACAGACAAUAUCCGACAUCUCUGCAAACAUGAACGAGGGCUCCCAGCAGAAGCUCUUCACUGUGGAGGCCACAGCCAGGGUGACACCCCAGAGCUCGGAUAAUGGGCAGUUGCUGGUCUGUGAGGCGUCGAGCCCAGCACUGGAGGCCCCCAUCAAGGCCUCAUUCACCGUGAAUGUUCUGUUCCCUCCAGGACCCCCUGUCAUCGAGUGGCCAGGCUUGGAUGAGGGGCACGUGCGGGCAGGACAGAGCUUGGAGCUGCCAUGCGUGGCCCAAGGGGGGAAUCCCUUAGCCACACUGCAGUGGCUGAAGAAUAGCCAGCCAGCGUCCACAGCGUGGGGCACAGAGCACACCCAGGCCGUGGCCCGCAGUGUGCUGGUGAUGACCGUGAGGCCAGAAGACCAUGGAGCGCGGCUCAGCUGCGAGGCCCAUAACAGCGUGUCUGCAGGGACCCAGGAGCGCAGCAUCAUGCUGCAGGUCACCUUUUCCCCUAGUGCCAUUACUAUCCUGGGAUCUGCAUCCCAGGUUGAGAACAAGAACGUGACACUCUCCUGUGUCAGCAAGUCCAGUCGCCCACGGGUCCUGCUACGAUGGUGGCUGGGCUGGCGGCAGCUGCUGCCCACGGAGGAGACGAUCAUGGAUGGACUGCAUGGUGGUUACAUCUCCAUGUCCAACCUGACAUUACUGGCGCGGCGGGAGGACAACGGUCUGACCCUCACAUGUGAGGCCUUCAGUGAAGCCUUCACCAAGGAGACCUUCAAGAAGUCGCUCACCCUGAACGUAAAAUAUCCCGCCCAGAAACUGUGGAUUGAGGGUGCCCCAGAGGGGCAGAAGCUCCGGGCUGGGACCCGGGUGAGGCUGGUGUGUUUGGCCAUCGGGGGCAACCCAGAGCCCUCCCUCACAUGGUACAAGGACUCGCGCACCGUGACUGAGUCGCGGCUGCCGCAGGAGCCGCGGCGCAUGCAGCUCGGCAACGUGGAGAAAUCUGGGAGCACUUUCUCCCGAGAGCUGGUGCUGGUCACAGGGCCGUCGGACAACCAGGCCAAGUUCACGUGCAAGGCUGGUCAGCUCAGCGCGUCCACGCAGCUGGCGGUGCAGUACCGUCCAGAGUUCCUGGGGGAGCAGGUGCUGGUGGUGACCGCGGUGGAGCAGGGUGAGGCGUUGCUGCCCGUGUCCGUGUCCGCUAACCCCGCCCCCGAGGCCUUCAACUGGACCUUCCGCGGCUAUCGCCUCAGUCCAGCGGGCGGCCCCCGGCAUCGCAUCCUGUCCAGCGGGGCUCUGCAUCUGUGGAAUGUGACCCGCGCGGACGACGGCCUCUAUCAGCUGCACUGCCAGAACUCUGAGGGCACCGCGGAAGCCCUGCUGCGAUUGGACGUGCACUAUGCUCCCACCAUCCGUGCCCUCCAGGACCCCACUGAGGUGAACGUCGGGUCUGUGGAUAUAGUCUGCACUGUUGAUGCCAAUCCCAUCCUCCCAGGCAUGUUCAGCUGGGAGAGACUGGGAGAAGAUGAGGAGGACCAGAGCCUGGAUGACAUGGAGAAGAUAUCCAAGGGACCCACGGGGCGCCUGCGGAUUCACCAGGCCAAACUGGCCCAGGCUGGUGCUUACCAGUGCAUCGUGGACAACGGGGUGGCGCCUCCAGCACGAGGGCUGGUCCGUCUUGUUGUCAGAUUUGCCCCCCAGGUGGAACACCCCACUCCCCUAACUAAGGUGGCUGCAGCUGGAGACAGCACCAGUUCUGCCACCCUCCACUGCCGUGCCCGAGGUGUCCCCAACAUCGUUUUCACUUGGACCAAAAAUGGGGUCCCUCUGGAUCUCCAAGAUCCCAGGUACACAGAGCACACAUACCACCAGGGUGGUGUCCACAGCAGCCUCCUGACCAUUGCCAACGUGUCUGCAGCCCAGGAUUAUGCCCUCUUCACAUGCACAGCCACCAACCCCUUAGGCUCGGACCAAACCAACAUUCAACUCGUCAGCAUCAGCCGCCCUGACCCUCCAUCAGGAUUAAAGGUUGUGAGUCUGACCCCACACUCUGUGGAGCUGGAGUGGAAGCCUGGCUUUGAUGGGGGCCUGCCACAGAGGUUCUACAUCAGGUAUGAGGCCCUGGGGACUCCAGGGUUCCACUAUAUGGAUGUCCUACCACCCCAGGCCACCACCUUCACACUGACUGGUCUGCAGCCUUCUACACGAUACAAGGUCUGGCUGCUGGCCAGCAACGCCUUGGGAGACAGUGGACUGGCUGACAAGGGGACCCAGCUUCCCAUCACUACCCCAGUCUGUUGUCUGGGAUUCACUGAGGGGUAUCUUCCACCCCUAGGACCCUCGGGGCUGCCCCUGCUGCCUGUGCUGCUCGGUCUUGGGGGGCUUCUGCUCCUCUCCAAUGCCUCCUGUGUCGGGGGGGUCCUCUGGCAGCGGAGACUCAGGCGUCUUGCUGAGUGCGUCUCAGGGAAGACAGAGGCAGAGUCGGAGGACCGAGUCAGGAACGAAUAUGAGGAGAGCCAGUGGACAGGAGAGCAGGACACUCGGAGCUCCACGGUCAGCACAACAGAGGCAGAGCCGUAUUACCGCUCCCUGAGGGACUUCAGCCCCCAGCUGCCCCCGACACAGGAGGAGGUGUCUUAUUCCCGAGGUUUCACAGGUGAAGAUGAGGAUAUGGCCUUCCCUGGGCACUUGUAUGAUGAGGUAGAAAGAACGUACCCCCGAUCUGGAGCCUGGGGACCCCUCUACGAUGAAGUGCAGAUGAGCCCCUGGGACCUCCGCUGGCCUGAAGAUGCAUAUCAGGAUCCAAGAGGAAUCUAUGACCGGGUGGCGGGAGACCUGGACACUCUGGAACCUGAUUCUCUGCCCUUCGAGCUGAGGGGACAUCUGGUGUGAGAGCUCUCUCAACCCCCUUGUCCUGCACCUGCAGGAAUUUACACUCCACUGGUCCUUCUCAUUACAGCCUGGGCCGAGCUGGUUAGGUGAGCUCCAUAAAACCCAAAGGGACUCGGCUUUGUCAGGAGAGGACAUGGAGGGGGUUGAGUGACAGAAGAUGGUUCAGCUGGUACCAGACUAGAAACAAGGUGUAUCCUGGGGUUGACUUUAGAAACUAAACUUCUCCAAAAGGAUAGGGCAGAUUGUAAACGGCAUCUCAAAAAUUAAAUGCUGCCAGGUGCGGUGGCUCACACCUAUAAUCCGAGCACUUUGGAAGGCCAAGGCAGGUGGAUCACCUGAGGUCAGGAGUUUGAGAACAACCUGGCCAACAUGGUGAAACUCCAUUUCUACUAACAAUAUAAAAAAUUAGCUAGGAAUAGUGGUACAUGCCUGUAGUCCUAGCUACUUGGGAGGCCGAGGCACAAGAAUCGCUUGAACCCAGGAGGUGGAGGUUACAGUGAGCCAAGAUCAUACCACUGCACUCCAGCCUGGGUGACAGAGCGAGAUUC